GCACUUUACUAUGGAAAGUGAGUGAUUAGAGUGUCGUCUCAUAAUUAUCGCUUAGCGGAGCAUAAUUAGAUUGGCUUCGAUCGGUUCGCAUGCAGGGGUGCUUUUUACCAAGUACGGAUUCGUCCGUUUGUGUUUCAACCCGCGCGGAUCUGAUGUCGCUAGACGAUCUGCACACAGUGGACACUGUCCUAAAUGCAGACUGCGUCGCCUGGUGCCCCCAUCCUGGUCUGCAGAGCCUGCUUCUGUGCUCAACAUAUCAAUUGAUUGAGGGGCGGAGGACGGGAUCGCUUCUCCUUUUCUCAACCGACCGCGAACUCCGCCUGCUGCAGGUCGUUGUCAACAUGCAAGGCAUCUUCGACUUCAAAUGGAGCCCGCCCAACCUGUCGCCAAUAAUGGUUGCGGCGGCCGAUUCAAAUGGACAUGUUGUUCUCCUUCGGCUUGACGAGGCCUUUAACUUAUUGCGCAUGGUUUCCAGCACCAAGCUUGCCGACUCCAUGGCGCUUUACGUCGACUGGCGCGAAUCAAAUUUGGCAGUCAGUUUCUCUGAUGGAUCCGUUUCCUUGUUUGAAAUCAACAACAGCACUCUGAGUUGCAUCCAAACAUUUAAAAACCACUCGCUGGAAGCUUGGGCCGCGGUUUUUGACGUUAACGACAAAAAUAUUCUCUACACCGGCGGGGAUGAUUGUCUGCUGACAGUGACCGACUUGAGGAGCCAGCAGCUGAUUAGUAAGGGCCGCUACCAUACCGCGGGGGUCACUCAUUUCAUGACGAAUCGGCACCGCCCUGACAAUUUUGUGACUGGCAGCUACGACGAGUUGAUUUGUCUGUGGGACAGCAGGAAAUUGAAGGCGCCUGUCCACGAAUUGGGAUUGGGCGGGGGUGUGUGGCGAAUUCAGUCGGAGAACAGUGCCAAUCCAAAAAUCGCGGCCGCCUGCAUGUUUAAAGGGUUCAAAUUUAUUGAGUUAAACACGGAGGGAUUCAAAGAAGUUGGAGAUUUUAGGAGCGAUGAGAGGUGUUUGGCGUAUGGAGUCGCAAUUUCGGAGGAGAAUAAGAUCGCCAUGUGCACCUUUUACGACCACAAAUUGCAUGUGAGCAAGUCAUAA